GCCAAUUUGGAUUUCAUUCAGUAAUCAACCGUACCUCAGAGAAAUUUCAGAGACGGUGAGUGCGUGCCGACGUUUUAGAGGCAGGAAAAACCACAGUGGAAACGAUGAGUAAACUGGUUAUUGUUGUGAUCCUCGCCACUUUGGCUGUGGCUUUAUGCAGACCAGCGGCAAAGGAUGAUCCUCAAGUAGCUUGUAAACUUCCAAUGGUCAAAGGCUAUUGCAGAGCUCUCUUGCCAAGAUGGAGAUACGACCCAUCAAUAGGAAAAUGCGUCGAAUUUAAAUAUGGGGGAUGCAAUGGAAAUGCUAACAACUUCAUGACCCAGAAGGCAUGUUCAGCCACUUGCGAGGGUGUAUUUUAAAGUCCAACAACACUAUCGCAAAUUUCUAAAACAGAUGCCCACAGUAUUAAGCCAUAAUAGAUAGGAAUAGAAA